AUGAUGUCCAACUGCUGUGUCACCAAUAGCUCACCGGCCUCCAUCAAGAGCUGUCCCCGGCCCUCUUCUGUCUGUUCCAGCAUUAUGAACUGCCGGCCUGAGCUGUGCCUGGGUUAUGUCUACCAGCCCAUGACAUGUAUGCCUUCUGUCUGUAUGUCAACCACCUACCGGCCAUCCAGCUGCCUCUCCAAGACCUACCUGCCCAGCUCCUGCCGGCCUAGCAGCUGCCGGGCACCCAGCAGCUUCUCCAACCCCAUGGGUACCCUUGGCUUGUAUUAUGAAGGGACCUUCAAUGGCAAUGAGAAGGAGACCAUGCAGUGGCUGAACGACCGCCUGGCCAAAUACCUGGAGAUGGUACGGCAGUUGGAGCGGGAAAAUGCCAACCUGGAGAGCAAGAUCCAAGAGGCCUACGAGUCUCAGGUGCCCACUUUGUGUCCAGACUACCAGUCUUAUUUCCGCACCAUUGAGGAGCUCCAGCAGAAGGUGCUGUGUACCAAGGCAGAGAAUGCCAGGAUGAUUGUACACAUUGAUAAUGCCAAGCUUGCUGCAGAUGAUUUCAGGACCAAAUAUGAGACGGAGCUGUCCAUGCGGCAGCUAGUGGAGGCUGACAUCAACGGCCUACGCAGGAUCCUGGAUGAGCUGACCCUGUCUAAGGCUGAUCUGGAGGCCCAGGUGGAGUCCAUGAAGGAGGACAUUAUGUGUCUCAAGAAGAAUCAUGAAGAGGAAGGCAGUGCCCUUCGAAGCCAGCUUGGGGACCGCCUUAAUAUCAAGGUGGAUGCUGUGCCCCCAGUGGAUCUGAACAGGAUGCUGGAAGACAUGCGAUGUCAGUACGAGACUGUGGUGGAGACCAACCGCAGGGAUGUGGAGGAAUGGUUCAACAUGCAGAUGGAGGAGCUUAACCAGCAGGUGGCCACGAGCUCGGAGCAGCUUCAGAGCUACCAGUCAGACAUCAUUGAUCUGAAGCGGACAGUUAACACUCUGGAGAUUGAGCUGCAGGCCCAGCACAGCCUGAGGGAUUCUCUGGAAAACACACUGACUGAGACAGAGACCCGCUAUAGCUCCCAACUGACCCAGCUGCAGUGCCUGAUCACCAAUGUGGAGGCUCAGCUGGCUGACAUCCGUGCUGAUCUGGAGCGUCAGAAUCAGGAGUACAAGGUGCUGCUGGAUGUUAAGGCUCGACUGGAGAGCGAGAUCAAUACCUACCGGGGUCUGCUGGAGAGCGAGGACUGCAAGUUGCCCUGUAACCCAUGUUCCACUCCUUCCUGUCCUCCUUGUGUGCCCUGUCCACCCAGUGUGCCCCGCACGGUUUGUGUGCCCCGCACUGUCUGUGUGCCUUGCACACCCGGUCUCCAAGGCCGCUACUAA